UCUUCUUUCAAUUCUUUUUCAUCUGCUUGUCGAACGAAUUUUUUUCGUUGGAGUUAUUAACAUUGCAUUUCCUGGCAGGGCCGGUGACCUCAAGACCAGGAACGAAUUAAACAGUGGUUAAGACAACUUUUAAGCCUGGAUAGUUUGGUUUUCAUUUUUCGUACAAGCGCACUCUCAUCGCUUCUAACAACACACUAUGCAUAUCAAAGAUAAGCUGGCCCAAAAUGAGGCCGCUGAAAGAGUCGGUAUCUCAUUUGAGUUCUUCCCUCCGAAAACCGCGCAAGGUGUGCAAAACCUGUAUGACAGAAUGGACCGAAUGCACGCACUAGGUCCGUCCUUCAUUGAUAUCACAUGGGGCGCCGGAGGGCGGUUGUCAGACUUGACUUGUGAAAUGGUUAAUGUGGCCCAAUCGGUGUACGGGCUGGAGACCUGCAUGCAUUUGACCUGUACAGACAUGCCGACGGAAAAGGUAGAUGCCGCCCUACAGGCCGCCUACAAGUCGGGCUGCACCAAUAUCUUGGCCCUUCGUGGUGACCCGCCUCGUGAGAAAGAGAAAUGGGAAGCUGCUGAUGGAGGAUUUCGCUAUGCAAAGGAUUUGGUCAAGUACAUUCGGGACAAGUAUGGAAACCAUUUUGACAUUGGUGUGGGUGGAUACCCAGAAGGUGCGGACGACAACCCAGAUGUGGAUCUCUUGAUCGAUCAUUUGAAGGAAAAGGUCGAUGCAGGAAGUACAUUUAUUGUCACACAGAUGUUCUACGAUACGGAUAUAUUCAUCGCCUGGGUAAAGAAGUGUCGUGCCAAGGGAAUCAACGUGCCUAUCAUUCCUGGUAUCAUGCCUAUUCAAACUUAUUCCGCCUUUAUCAGACGAGCAAACUGGACGAAGAUCCAUAUCCCAGAAGAUUGGCUCGAGGCUCUGGAGCCCGUGAAGAAUGACGAUGCAGCUGUCAAGGAGAUUGGAAAGGUUCUGAUCGCAGAUAUGUGCAGGAGGCUUCUGGCAGCUGGCCUCAACCAUCUGCAUUUUUACACAAUGAACCUCGCCCAAGCAACACAGCUGGUUCUCGAAGAGUUGAAACUUAUGCCCUCUGAGGAGACACCCAUCCAGCGACCCUUGCCCUGGCGGCCCUCGCUUGGCCUUAACCGCAGGGCGGAGGAUGUUCGCCCGAUCUUCUGGAGGAACCGGAACUCUUCUUACAUCGCACGCACGCAGACAUGGGACGAGUUCCCGAACGGUCGCUGGACCGAUUCCAGAUCUCCCGCCUUUGGUGAGCUUGACUCUUAUGGCAUAGGCCUCAAGGGCACAAAUGAACAGAAUAUUCAGCUGUGGGGUGAGCCGAAGUCCAUUCGGGACCUUUCGCAUAUCUUCGUCCGUUACUUGGAGGGCCAGCUGAAUCGGUUGCCCUGGAGCGACACGCCCAUCAGCUCCGAAGCGAACUCUAUUAAGGCCAACUUGAUCGAGCUCAAUAACCGAGGUCUCCUCACUAUCAACUCACAGCCGGCUGUCAAUGGAGCCAGGUCGUCCCACCCUGUGUACGGAUGGGGUCCGAAGAACGGCUUCGUCUACCAGAAGGCAUACCUUGAACUCUUGGUUCCUCCGUACUUACUUGAUGAACUGAUUGCGCGCAUCGAAAGUAAUGAAGACCUCACCUACCAUGCUAUCUCAAAGUCUGGUGAACUGCGGACCAACACUCGUGAUAGCCCCAACGCUUUGACCUGGGGUAUCUUCGCAGGAAGAGAGGUUGUCCAACCCACUAUCGUAGAAACGAUCAGUUUCUUAGCCUGGAAGGACGAGGCAUACCGUUUAGGUGAAGAUUGGGCUAAGUGUCAUGAUGCUACAAGCCCCAGCAGGAAGUUGAUUCAAGGUCUCGUGGACAAUUGGUACCUUGUAAAUAUUGUCAACAACGACUUCCACAAUACCAGCGUUCUCUUUGAACUGUUCAAGGAUCUGCAUGUAAGAGAUUUCGACGUCGAAGUCACCGCAAAUAUCGACUCGAAAUCCCAAGAAAACGGAACGGCCGACGCGACCGAGAUCGCCGUAAAGAAUUAACUCCCACGUCAUAAACAAAAUUCCAGCAGGCCCUUGCCUGUACGGUAACUUUCCUAGCAUUUCUUCAACGAUUUACUACAACUUCUUAAUUCAACAUCUACAUCUCAACGAUACCAGCCUGGGGUACACAACAACACUCCCCAAGGCCCAACUGUUUUUUACGGCGAUAUGAAUUGAAGACCUCUCAACGAUUUCUUCUUGAGCGUUACUUAAUUUCAACAUGGCUUUUAACAUUCAACCUUAUACCCCACCCGAUUAUUUUCAUUUCUCAUCGAGCGCGAGA